CAAACGUUUAUUUACAUAAUCUGACAGUGAUACAUAGCCGUGGCUCUUGUGAAACUAAAGGCAGAGUUUCCGACAAUCGUGGCCACCGGCGUCGUCGCUCACUUAUGACCUCAAGCGGCCAACCACUCCUCGUUCAACACACGCAGCUUUCGCAGUCGGAUCGUCACUGAGGGCCUCAUUCGAGGCUCAAACAAUCACAGUGUCUUCUGGAUCAAGGCCAUCUGGACCGCGCCAUGUGAUUGGGACGACCACAUGCGAAGCAUGUGAUUGUCAUUGGGCUGUCUGGUCCUUGUUAUGCACAUCGCAUGCGACUCUUAAUUAAGCGAAUGAUCCUCGCUAUGUCAGAACAGGUGCGACUUGUAGACAUGUAUGCAGUGCCUUCCCUCUGUAACAUUGUUUCUGUCUCGUCCGCAGGACUAGAUAUGUCCAACAUUCACUGAAUUCCGAAUACAGAAUAUCGAAAUGGCGCGCAUGCCUAUCUAUGUUGGACAUAUCUUAAUUUGCAAUCAAGCAUAACGUCGAAACCCGAGCCUCGAACCAUGGCAACAGCCUGCCCAUUCAGCGGCUGUGAAUACGUCGUCGCUGCAGAUACCGCACCUAUCGUGGUCGUACAACUUCUUCAAAUGCACCAGUCCGAGGCCCAUACCCGGCCUACAGUGAGCAUUACUGCCGAAAAGGUCACCAGACCGCGCGUGACAGCUGCCGGAUCCAGCGAGGACUGGGAGUAUUUCACCAGCCGAUGGACGGAGUACAAGAAAGCCACCGGACUCACCGAUACAGACUGCGUCAUCCAGCUGCUUGAAUGCUGCGACGAAGGCCUCCGCAGGGACCUCACCAGAUUCUCGGGGGGCUCCCUCUCAUCCAAGGACGAACAGACUGUCUUGGCCGCAAUGCGAAGUCUCGCCGUCCGCGAGGAAAACCUCGCAGUGGCUCGCGUCCAGCUCCACAACAUGACGCAGGAGCACGAAGAGCCGGUCAGGGCGUUCGCCGCUCGUCUUCGCGGGCAGGCGGCUGUCUGUAAGUUUCACGUCACCUGCGAAUGCGGACGGGUCGUCAGCUACCAGGAUGAAGUCACACGCGAUACGCUCGCCAGGGGGCUAGCGGACAGGGAUAUUCAACUGGACCUCCUCGCCCAAGGCCAGACACCGAUCCCCCUGGAAGAGACCAUUCGUUUCGUCGAAGCAAAAGAGGCUGGUAAGCGAUCCGCUCAGACGCUGGGUCAGUCUCAAGGUGUGGCCGCCGCCCGCAGCCAGUACCGGCGAGCGAAAGCGAGCAUCGGCGAGCAGGAGCGGCGAGUAUCAGCUGGCGAUGCUGGCCGUCAACAGAGUUCAGUCGCAGGACCGGCCGACGUCUGCCAAUAUUGUCGUCGGACAGGUCAUGGCGUAAAAGCCUCUGUCGCGGUUCGCGCUAAAUCCUGUCCCGCCUACCGCAGCCAGUGCCGUCAUUGCAGACGCCGGGGCCACUUCACCGAGGCCUGCCUGCAGCGACAGGCAGCCGGUAUCGCGACUACACAUCCGGAGGGCGAUGAUGACGCUCCCAGUGACGCUCUCUGUAGCCUCAGAGACUCAACGCACGACACGGUAGCUUCAUGCACCGCCGCAGCCAUGCGGCACCACAUGUACGACGACAUCACCCAGAGCUGGUGUCAGCAACCCAGCCAGCCCCAGCCGUCGAUUAAACUGGACCUCUCGCUCCAACCGGCCGAUUACGGCGCCCUGGGCCUCCAGUGCACGGUCAGCCAGGCCACCAUCACUCAGGAAGUCAUCGCCGACACAGGCUGUCAGAGCUGUCUGGCGGGCAUCUCUCUCAUGCGACGCCUUGGCGUCACGGAGGCUGACCUCGUCCCGACGUCCCUGAGGAUGCACGCAGCAAACGGCGAUCCCAUCGACAUCCGCGGAGCGUUGAUCCUACGUAUAUCCGGCCACCGCGACGGCAUUCGGCGGGAGACUCGACAGUUCGUGUACAUCACGCCGAACUGCGACACCAUGUACCUCAGUCGAGAUGCCUGUCGUGACCUCGGCAUGAUCGACGCCGCUUUCCCCGCUGUCGGGCUCGCGUCUAUCUCCGCGGAUGGGAUCGGCAUCGACGAGUACAACGCAUGUUCCUGUCCUCGCCGUCAGACGCCUCCGCCUAAGCCAACAGAGCUACCUAUGCCGGCAACGGAGAGCAACGUCGACGCCCUGCGUCAGUGGCUGGCCGACUAUUACUCUGCGAGCACGUUCAACACCUGUGAACAUCAGCCACUCACGCCGAUGGACGGUCCACCCCUGCGCAUCAUGCUCAGACCUGACGCCGAGCCAGUGGCCCACCACAAGGCUAUCCCAGUACCACUGCACUGGCAGACGGAGGUCAAGGCCGCCCUGGAUCGCGACGUGCAGCUGGGGGUCAUCGAGCCCGUACCGAUUGGUGAGCCGGUGACCUGGUGCCACCGGAUGGUCGUCGUCUCCAAGAAGUCGGGAAGCCCUCGCCGUUGCGUCGACCUUCAGCCCCUGAACCGCUGCGCCGCAAGAGAGACGCAUCAUACCCCAAGUCCCUUCCACCAAGCCCGGUCUGUGCCGAGGUCGACCUACAAGACGAUACUGGACGCCUGGAAUGGCUACCAUUCGGUGCCCCUACACGAGGAAGAUCGACACCUCACCACUUUCCUGACCCCUUGGGGCCGAUACCGUUACUGCGCGGCACCCCAGGGCUACAUCUCCAGCGGUGACGGGUACACGCGCCGCUAUGACGAGAUCGUGAUGGCGGCAAACCUGUCACACGACUGCUACACGAAAUGCAUCGACGACACCCUUCUCUGGGGAGACAGCAUCGAGGAGGUGUUCUGGCGCACUGUGGAAUGGCUGGACAUGUGUGGCCGUUCCGGCAUCACGCUGAACAGCGAGAAGUUUGUCUUCGCCCAGAAGACAGCGGAAUUCGCUGGGUUUGAAAUCACGCCUGACACAGUCCGCCCGUCUCAUGCCUUCCUUCAGAGCAUCACCGAGUUCCCCACUCCCAGGAACCUGACAGACGUCCGCGCGUGGUUCGGGGUCGUCAAUCACGUCGCCUACGCAUUCGCCAUGGCGGAUGCCAUGCUGCCGUUCCGGGAACUCCUGAAGCCCGGCAAGUUCACGUGGACGGAUGAACUCCAGGCACUGUUCGACAUGUCGAAACGGACCAUCGUCGAGGAGGUCACGAAGGGUGUCCAGAUCUUCGAGACAGAUCGCCCAACCGUCCUGGCCACCGACUGGUCCCGUACUGGUAUCGGUUUCUGGUUACUCCAGAAAUACUGCACAUGCGCCGGUCGGUCACCACUCUGCUGCGCUGAGGGCUGGAAGACCACGCUGGUGGGAAGCCGCUUUACAUCCGGCGCUGAAUCUCGGUACGCCCCGGUCGAGGGCGAGGCGCUGGCAGUGGCCGACGCCCUCGAGAAAACGCGCUUCUUCGUGCUCGGCUGCAGCGACCUCACGGUCGUUGUUGACCACAAACCCCUCGUGAAGAUUUUCGGGGACCGAUCACUGGUCGACCUGCCCAACGCCCGUCUCCGUAAUCUCAAGGAAAAGACCCUCCGGUUCAGAUUCGACAUCAGCUAUCUCCCCGGAGUCAAGAACCGCGUUCCCGACAUCGCGUCCCGGUACCCAACCGGCGCUCCCAUCGGCAUAAGCCUCUCCGACGACGUCACCGUCGACGAUGCUGGCGAGGUAGCGGCAGCCGCCAUCACCACGAUCCGGUCUGUCACCUGGGACCGCGUGAGGGACGCAACGGCAGGCGAUCCGUCGAUGAUGCGACUUCUCGAACUGAUCGAGGGAGGGCUACCAGCCCACCGCCACGAGAUGCCUGAGGAGCUCCGAGAGUAUCAUUCGCUCCGUGAUGGCCUAUACACCAGCGACGGCAUCAUCCUGUAUGAUCAGCGAAUCGUCAUCCCACCCAGCCUCCGCGAGGAGGUGCUCCAGAGUCUCCACGGUGCGCACCAAGGGAUCGGCAUGAUGCUCGCGCGCGCGGCCGUAAGCGUGUACUGGCCCGGCAUCACGUCAGCUAUUCGGCGCGCCCGUGAACGAUGCCACACGUGCAACCGGAACGCCCCAUCGCAGCCAUGGGCCCCACCUGAGGACAUCAGUUACCCAGAGUACCCGUUCCAGCAACUAUGCGCGGACUACUUUACACACUGCGGCCGUACGUACCUCGUCAUCGUUGAUCGUUAUUCUAACUGGCCAAUCGUUGAGAGAGCACAAGAUGGCAGCGCAGGCCUCCGAGACUGUCUCUACCGCGUCUUCAGCACAUUUGGCAUCGCUGAGGAGCUGACGAGCGAUGGCGGGCCGGAGUUCACUGCCCACGAGACACAGGCGUUUCUGGCCGACUACGGUGUUCGUCACCGCCGCUCCUCUGUGGCAUUCCCACACGCGAACUGUCGCGCUGAGGUUGGCGUCAAAACCGUCAAACGCAUGAUCGAAGGCAACACAGGUGACAACGGGGAACUGAACGUGCGACGCUUCCAGCGCGCCAUGCUGAACUACCGCAACACUCCCGACCCCACGACAGGGCUGUCGCCGGCCCAAUGCGUGUUCGGUCGUCCGGUGCGAGACUUCAUCCCGAUACCCCCCGGUCAGUACCGUCCUCAUCCCACGUGGCGCGAAACCCUGAGUGCUCGUGAGGAGGCACUCCGGAACCGCCACAUGCGGGACCACGAACGCUGGUCCGCACAUACGAGGCGACUACCUCCACUGACCGUCGGUGAUGCCGUCCGCCUCCAAAACCAAAUCGGAAGAUAUCCCAGGAAGUGGGACAAAACUGGCCGCGUCGUGGAGGUGCGACAACAUAACCAGUACAUGGUCCGGGUCGACGGCAGCGGCCGAAUGACAUUGCGCAACAGGCAGUUCCUGCGCAAAUACACUCCGGUUGUUCCGGCUCGUCGUCAGCACACCCGAAUGGACGAACUGCUCGACGACUUCCGCCGACAUCCAACACGCGUGUCACAGUCGCACGCGAACUCUGGACUGACGCCACCCACUUCUCCACCUGCGGCGCAACCCCCCGGCUCUCCGACUCCAGUGGUCGGCCAGAUGCCGGCGACGCCGCCGCGGGCGCCCCGUGGCAGGCCCCCGACACCGCGUCCACCCGCGCCAUCGCCGCCUGUGGUGUUAUCCCCGCGCGAGCGAGAUGCGUCGCCGCCCCUUGUGUCCCCACAGUGUGUGACGCCGUCACCGUCCAUGUCGACUUCACCACCACAUCGCGUGUCCCCGCAUGCGUUGUCGCCCGGUCAUGCCACGCCGUCGCCGCCGGCCAUGCCGCCCCCUGCCGCGCCAGGCUCGCAGCCGCUGAGAGAUACUGAACCCGACCGUCCCCGUCGCAGUGAUCGCCCGCGCCAAAUGCCGAUCCGCUAUCGCGACCCCAAUUUCACGCGCUGACUGUGCCACUGACUCCCUAUCAUUGUCAAACUCGGCAGUUGUUUGCGAUGUUCGGAUAUGUUCCGCGUUUAGUGUUUGAUCGUUGUCCCGGCUCGUUUUCCAGCCGGUCCACUCGUUCUGGUUGCCUAGAAGCUGUGUUUUGUUGCCCCCUGGGCUAUUUGUUUGUUCGCGCUCCCGUGAAUGCGACCCGUCGUUUGGCCUUUCGGCGUCGUUUCGUUACGGCACCCUUCAAUCUAUGCCAAUCUAUGUAAGUCUUUGUUCCCGGCCGGCAAAGACUGGGGGGAGAUAGACAUGUAUGCAGUGCCUUCCCUCUGUAACAUUGUUUCUGUCUCGUCCGCAGGACUAGAUAUGUCCAACAUUCACUGAAUUCCGAAUACAGAAUAUCGAAAUGGC